GAAUGGUUGGCAGUUAGUCUACUCAUCUGUCCGACAGCACUUGAAAUGGUUGCGUAGUAUAAACAAGUGUAUAUUUAUUAUUUACAACUUUAAUGGAAAUAAAAUAGAGAUACGGCCCAGUGUUCAAGCAAAUAAGUUAACAGUAGGCGUUAACGUUGGUGUUGAGUGCCCGCCCUCGUAGGCUGAUCACUGUGGAUGCUCAUACGCUCCUCAGCGUGCACCGAGUUCCCUAAGAAAACUGUUGGCAUACCAGUCCCGCACUUAGAACGCAUGACCAAACUGGGUCUACAGUUGUAGCGGCACAGGAAUUUAUAGACUGAGGUAUUUGUUUUGAAUUAUCCCGAGAACUUAACCAGUCGGUUAAAUACAACAGUCUAAAAAUCUGAUUAUUUGAUACCGCUACAUCUAGAGGAGCGCAACGUAGCCAAGGCAAACAUCUCCGUAUAAUCCGGAUUUGAGCUAAUGAAAGCAGGAGAAGAGGAGAAACUGAAAGAACUGCACUGACUUGAACCGGGAGGCACAUCAUGGGGCUAGGAGAGGCUUCUGCAAGGGGGACCAGCAUGGAGGGUGACUGCCUUAGCUGCAUCAAAUACCUCAUGUUUGUCUUCAACUUCCUCAUCUUUCUGGGUGGCUCCUUCCUCCUGGGUGUGGGGGUGUGGGUGCUGGUGGACCCCACUGGCUUCAGAGAGAUAGUGGCAGCGAACCCGCUCCUCUUCACAGGGGUCUACAUCAUCUUGGCCAUGGGGGGGAUGCUCUUCCUGCUGGGCUUCCUGGGAUGCUGCGGAGCCAUCCGGGAGAACAAGUGUCUGCUGCUCUUUUUCUUCAUGCUCAUUCUCAUCAUCUUCCUGGCUGAGCUGGCUGCCGCCAUCUUGGCUUUCGUGUUCCGGGAGCAUCUGACCCGAGAGUACUUCACCAAGGAGAUGAGGAGGCACUACCAAGGCUACAACAAUACAGAUGUUUUCACCUCAACAUGGAAUGCCAUCAUGAACACGUUUGAAUGCUGUGGAGUGAACAGUCCUGAGGACUUUGAGGACAGCCUUUUCAGGGUCCUUCAUCCGAGCGACAUGGUGCCCAAAGCUUGCUGCCGGAGGAUCACCCACCCCGGAGAGGAGCACGAGUGUCUCAUGGGCAGCAUGAUGUUCCGCUACAACAAGGGCUGUUACUCAGCAGUGGUGGACUACUUUGAGAUGUACAUCUAUGUGGCUGGAGCUCUGGCCAUCGUGGUUCUGACCAUUGAGCUAUUUGCCAUGGUGUUCGCCAUGUGUCUCUUCAGGGGGAUUCAGUAAAGACACAGGGAUUCGUGGAAGGACAAUUUUUCAAAAGGGAUAUCACCAGAAGCAGAAAAAAAAAACAUUUGUAUAAAGUUUUUCUCUUUUAUUUUUCAUUUUAUAUAUGACAAAUUGAAAGAAAUUUCAUUGGCUGAACAACCUGUACUUCACAGCUGGACCUUUGAGGUACUUGGUGACAAGAAAUAAAAUAAAAACACAAAGAGAUGCAAACAUAGGACAGGAACACAUAAACAGCGUCACAGAGUAUAUCUGGACCCAUUGUUUGGAGUGGGUGGGAACAGGAGCUCAAGAAGCCUUUACAGAAGAGGAAGAGGACACUGCACUGACUUUGGAUGAAGAAUAUUUAUACUGAUUAAUGUUGGCUUGUCUGUACAGAAAUGUGUGUUUUUUUUAAUGUUUCACUGUAUAGCCUACUUAAGCUACAGCCAUUCUCUAACAACACAGCCCCAACCACUUCUUUCUCAUGAGACACAAGUCACAAGCUGUGUCAAAGCCACACAUCUUAAAUGCUGAACACUGUUGUAAAUUUGCUCUAGAAAACCACUUUCUAUGUCUUUUCUGCCAAAUGCUAAAAUGUAUGUGUUAAUUGUAUGUGUGUAUGUGAAUGUGUGUUUGAGUGAGUGAGUGAGAGAGAGAGAAACUGAUUGUGUGGCCUUUUUUCCUUUGCAACCCUCAAGCUUGAAAGCCAACUUAAGUUGCAUUUUAUUGUAUUGUGAUGUUAAUUGCAAUAGUGAUUGUAUGUGAUUUUAGCUGAAAUGUUUGUGUAUGCCUUUGUAUUAGAAUCUUUAAAAAUAAGGAUGCCAUUAAAUGACUCUUUAAUGUG